AUGGAAGAGACAGAAGCUUCAAAUCCUACUUUGCAAAUGUCUAUUUCGUUUGGUAGAUUUGAGAAUGAUUCUUUGUCUUGGGAGAAAUGGUCUGUUUUCUCACAAAAUAAGUACUUGGAAGAAGUUGAGAAGUGUGCCACACCUGGAUCAGUUGCUCAGAAGAAAGCUUACUUUGAAGCUCAUUACAAGAACAUUGCAGCCCGAAAAGCCGAAUUGCUUGCUCAAGAGAAGCAAAUGGAGAAAGAUCCUUUCGGAUCUCAAUAUCAAAAUUGUGAAGAUCUGAGUUGUAACACUUGUGGGACUGUUGCAGAAUUUAAUAUAUCCAGCUUUCAAGGUUCCAUUGAAGGGGUUAAGCCAGAAACCAAUUCAAUUGGUGAGAUCAUUAGGACCCAGGUGAAUAAUUUGGAGGAGGAUGUUGUAGUUUCAAGAGAUUAUCAAAGUUCAACAGUUGAGGGAGAGAAUGAAGAACUGGAAAGAAGAUCACAUAGUUCCCAGAUAGAUAAACCUGAAGAAGUAGUCUGCAUUAAACAAGAGGAACUCUGCACUGAACAAGAAGAACGUCCUAAGAUUGAAGCUGAAGUCAGGAAGGAAAUUUCACACAAUGUGGACAAUGAGACUGCAAAGGCUUCAGAAAUUGAAGCAAAAGAUGUGAAAUUGGAUCAUCCAAAGGUUACCCCUGUGAAUAGGGAAAGCAAUGCAGCUAAGAUGAAGAAGAAGUCGGUGCUACCUACAUCUAAGGCAACCCAAAUUUCCACCCAAAGUUCAAGGCCUAUAUCAACUUCCACCAAAACAUUGGCAUCUGCCUCUUCAACUAAAAGGGGAAACUUUCCAUCCUUAUCUGGGAGGAAAGUUACUUCCGCUGGGGAGAACAGAAAAGCUCCUAAUAAAUCUUUGCACAUGUCCCUUAGCGUGGCUCCAAGCAAACUUGAUCCUGCUCCUCUUACCAUAAUGAGGAAAUCUUCCUUUAUGGAGAAAAUGGGAGAUAAGGACAUAGUCAAACGAGCAUUUAAGACAUUCCAGAACAACUUCAACCUGCCAAAAAAUUCUGGUGAAGAGAAAUCUUUGGUAAAAACACAGGUUCCUUCAAGGGGGACAGAGCCAAGGGUUCCAACAUCUAGAGCUUUGCGAAAGGAAAAUAAACAGUCACCAAAGGUUGACAGUAUGGAUAAAAGAAGUGGAAAUGCUAUCCGAACUACUUUGGGCCUAAAAAGUGACACCACAGCAUAUAAAGGAAAAGAGGUUCCAAGAAAACUAGAGGAAAAAUAUAAUGUAAAACAGGUAGAAAGAAUGCAUCUUCAAUUGAAAUCAAAGGAGGAAAAGCUAAAACAUAAUUUCAAAGCCACACCCUUGCCAGCUUUUUACCGGGGUCAAAAAGUAUCAAAAAGCCAUCCAGAAAAGGGUAAUGUUAAGAUUGACAAAUGGCGGUAGCCCCUUCAGGGGUGAUAAGAGAGAGAGAGAGAGAUAGAGAGAGAGAGAAGGUUAAAUACAUCAGAAGACGAAUACUAUUUAUGUGUUCAAAGGAAACGUUGAUGGCAAGUUGCCAACAACUUGCGCCAUGAUAUUUUAGUUUAGUCUGCAUAAGGGGAAUAGGACUUUAGGAGCUUAUGAACAAUGUGAGGAGUAGGAGGAAGAAGUAAAGCAUAAAAUAUUGAUAAUAAUUUCUUGCAAGAAAAAUAUAUUGUAUAAACUUUAAUGU